AUGUCGUUCAUGGUGACCUUCAUCCUGUAUGUGAAUGUUCUCAUAGAUGGUUCGGGGAGACCGCGCCUCACCGAUUUUGGUCUCGCGGCGGUCCCGGGGGACGCAGACUUACAGUUGUCUACAAUGACUAUGACCCGCAAUUUGGAUUCUCGAUGGCGUGCGCCCGAGGUGAUUGGAAUCGAGCGUGACCCUGAAAGACCUACUUUCAAGAGCGAUGUCUAUUCAUUUGGCGGUGUCAUGUUCUUUAUCAUCUCGGGGGAUGUACCAUGGAAAGAGAAGAAGCAUUCCCAUCAAAUUUCGAUUGAGCUAUCGAAUAGAGCCGGACAUAGGCGUCCCAACAACAUUCUUGACGAUCACUGGAAAUUCAUUCAAAAAUGCUGGUCUUGGAACCCGCAGAAUCGCCCAGUGGCAGCGGAAGCCACCGGGCGGAAAAAUAUCGUAAUCUUUGGGGAAACAGGGGCGAGCAAACGCUCCCUCGUCAACCUCUUGGCGGGGAAGGAGCUCAUAGCUCCCGAAGACCUAGGAGACGUGCAGCGUUGUACGCUCCGUUGGCAAGGUUAUCCCAUCGGCUUCGACGGCGACUUGUAUAAAGUUUUCGAUACCAUCGGGCUCGAAGAACCGCAACUGGGAAUCAAAGAAUACCUCGAGUCUGUCGAGAACGCUUAUAAGCUCGUCAAGGAAUUGGAUAAACAAGGCGGCAUUGAUCUGCUUCUCUUCUGCGUUCGCGCCGGCAGAGUCACAGCCACGCUUCAGAGCAAUUACUGGCUCUUUAACGAAUUCCUUUGUGAGAAGAAGGUUCCCAUCGUUCUUGCGAUCACGCACCUCGAAAGAGAGCAAAGGAUGGAGGACUGGUGGGUGAGAAACCAAAGCACCUUCGACAAAUAUCAGAUCCAGGUCGCUGGUCAUGCGUGCAUUACCACCGAGAAUCGAUUGGACGGCAGACACAGAGACCUUUAUGAAGAAUCGCGCGUCAAGAUCCGCAACCUUGUCAAAAAAAUUACUGCUGACGGUCAGAAGCAAUCAUGGAUAGGAGGGGACAGCCUGUUCGUCUCGUUGAUGCGUAGGUCGAAGGAGUUGAUUUCAGGUAGUUCGAAUGUGAGAAGGAGGGAUCUUGUCCCUCAUCUCACGAAGCGUUGCGGUGUUUCUCGAGAGGUCGCAAAGCAGUUGGCUGACAUGAUCAAGCAAGAGUAG